AUGAAGUAUGUUGGCCACAUGAUGGAUUAUGCUGGCCACAUGACGGAGUAUGCUGGCCACAUGAUGGAGUAUGCUGGCCACAUGAUGGAGUAUGCUGGCCACAUGAUGGAGUAUGCUGGCCACAAGAUGGAGUAUGCUGGCCACAUGACGGAGUAUGCUGGCCACAUGAUGGAGUAUGCUGGCCACAAGAUGGAGUAUGCUGGCCACAAGAUGGAGUAUGCUGGCCACAUGACGGAGUAUGCUGGCACCAUGACGGAGUAUGCUGGCCCCAUGACGGAGUAUGCUGGCCACAUGACGGAGUAUGCUGGCCACAUGAUGGAGUAUGCUGGCCACAUGAUGGAGUAUGCUGGCCACAUGAUGGAGUAUGCUGGCCACAUGACGGAGUAUGCUGGCCACAUGACGGAGUAUGCUGGCCACAUGACGGAGUAUGCUGGCCACAUGACGGAGUAUGCUGGCCACAUGAUGGAGUAUGCUGGCCACAUGAUGGAGUAUGCUGGCCACAUGACGGAGUAUGCUGGCCACAUGAUGGAGUAUGCUGGCCACAUGAUGGAGUAUGCUGGCCACAUGAUGGAGUAUGCUGGCCACAUGACGGAGUAUGCUGGCCACAUGAUGGAGUAUGCUGGCCACAUGAUGGAGUAUGCUGGCCACAUGAUGGAGUAUGCUGGCCACAUGAUGGAGUAUGCUGGCCACAUGAUGACGGAGUAUGCUGGCCACAUGACGGAGUAUGCUGGCCACAUGAUGGAGUAUGCUGGCCACAUGAUGGAGUAUGCUGGCCACAUGAUGGAGUAUGCUGGCCACAUGAUGGAGUAUGCUGGCCACAUGAUGGAGUAUGCUGGCCACAUGGCCACAUGA